AUGUCUGGUGGUGGUGCUGCUGCAUCCGCAGCUGGUUAUGAUAGACAUAUUACUAUUUUCUCCCCAGAAGGUAGACUAUAUCAAGUAGAAUAUGCUUUUAAAGCUUGUAAUCAAACUAAUAUAAACUCAAUUGCCAUUAGAGGUAACAAUUGUAGUGUCAUAAUAAAUCAAAAAAAAGUACCAGAUAAAUUAUUAGAUGCUGAAACUGUUUCAUACAUUUUCCAAAUUUCAAGAACUAUUGGUAUGGUUGCAAAUGGUCCAAUUCCUGAUGCUAGAAAUGCUGCAAUCAGAUGUAAGGCAGAAGCUGCAGAAUUUCGUUACAAGUAUGGUUAUGAUAUGCCUGUAGAUGUAUUGGCAAAAAGAAUGGCCAACUUAUCACAAAUAUAUACCCAAAGAGCGUACAUGAGACCAUUAGGUGUUAUAUUAACAUUCGUCUCCUUAGAUGAAGAAAAGGGUCCUUCUAUUUACAAAUCUGAUCCUUCAGGUUAUUACGUUGGUUAUAAAGCAACUGCUACUGGUCCAAAGCAACAGGAAAUUUCCACCUCUUUAGAAAAUUUCUUCAAGAAACAAAAAGGUGGUUUAAAAGAUCGUUUAAAUGAAGAUUCUUGGGAAAAAGUGGUAGAAUUUGGUAUUACUCAUUUAAUUGAUUCAUUAGGUACAGACUUCACUAAAAAAGAUCUAGAAGUAGGUGUAGCCAUCAAGGACAAAUUCUUUGUAUUGACCAUUGAUGAAAUCGAAGAAAGAUUGAUUGCCAUCGCUGAACAAGAUUAA